AUGAACCCACUCAAUAUAUAAAGUGAAAAUAAGGAAUCAGAAUUAAAAGAAGAUUAGGUAGUUUAAAAUGAACAAGAAGAAGUCAGAACGUUGACUAAUUUAAGUAUUGAAGAUAAAAUCAAAUAAAAAAAAAUGAAUGAUGAUCAUCUAGAGAGAAAUAAAAAGAGAUUAAUUAGAUAAUUUACUGUUCUAUUUAUUAUCACGCUAUUCAUAAUUUUAGAAAGAAUAUUAUAUUCAAUUAUAAUUGGUGUUGAGAAUGAACUAUUAAGUUAUUUUCAAAGUAUAUUAAACUUAAGAAAAACAAAAUUGANUUAACUUUAAAUCAAUAAAUAGAACUUGAGAAUUAAAAAAUUAAAAAUUUCAUUUCAAUCUUAUUUUUUAAAUUUAAUUGUUUUAAUCCGCAAAGUCAAAAAUAAUCUAAUCAUGUAAGUUAAAAUGAAAAUUUUUCAGAAGUCUAACCCAAUUAACAUUUUAAAAAACCAUUCCUGUUAACUAAGAAUUCUAUAUUUAUUUAUUAAUUGA